AUGGCGCCCGCUGCUAUCGAAGAAAUCAAGCUUGUCACCAAGCACCUCCCAGGUGACCUGUCAGAAACCCCAAGCCCAGACGGACCACUCUACGCAGUCCCGUCCUCGAGGUCUUCAUCCAUCUCGACGACAACUUGGCUGAAACUCAAUAGCAACGCACCUGCUCACAUCAAAGUUGAGGAGGUCCCGUCCAUUUCCCAUGAUGAGCCCUUCACAGGAGCAAAGAAGCUCCGUCAUCUCUUGGAGAACACAGACGAGCUUGUCGUGUGCCCCGGAGUCUAUGAUGGACUGUCUGCACGGACAGCUAUUGACCUUGGAUUCAAGUCCUUGUACAUGCCAGACCUCGCUAUCGCCCAGCUUGCCGACAUGAGGGACAACGCAGACAUGAUAGCCAACCUCGACCCCUUUGGCCCCCCUCUAAUUGCCGACAUGGACACUGGCUACGGUGGCCCAAUCAUGGUCGCCCGAACAGUGGAACACUACAUCCGCUCGGGCGUCGCCGGCGCCCACCUGGAGGACCAGAUCCUGACCAAGCGCUGCGGCCACCUGUCGGGCAAGAAGGUCGUCCCGCGCGAGGAGUACAUGACGCGCAUCCGGGCGGCCGUGGCGGCCAAGCGCCGCCUCAAGUCGGACUUUGUGCUCAUCGCGCGCACCGACGCGCUGCAGUCCCUGGGCUACGACGAGUGCGUGGGGCGCCUGAAGGAGGCGCGGGACGCGGGCGCCGACGUCGGCCUGCUCGAGGGCUUCCGGUCCAAGGAGCAGGCGGCCGCGGCCGUCCGGGAGCUGGCGCCGUGGCCGCUGCUGCUCAACUCGGUCGAGAACGGGCACAGCCCGCUCAUCACGGUCGAGGAGGCGCGCGAGAUGGGGUUCAGGAUCAUGAUCUUUUCCUUUGCCACGCUUGCGCCGGCUUAUGCUGCUAUCAGGGACACGCUGCUGCGGCUUAAGAACCAUGGCGUUGUCGGCACGCCUGAUGGGAUCACACCGGUCAAGCUGUUUGAGGUGUGUGGGCUUGGUGAUGCUAUGCAGGUGGAUAUUGGAGCAGGGGGUGGUGCGUUUUCGGAAGGCGUUUAA